UACAAAAUUCCCAUUUUCAGUAAGAAUACCCAAAGCAACUGGACUGAUGCUGUUCUGAACCAAAAUUGGUCUCAAAAUAUUUUUUUGCUUUUAGCUAAAAGAAAAUCCUAACUUUAAAGCAUAUUCCCCACACUUGCCUUGAGCCUUUUCACAACAUGUGCACUAACAUGUGCAUUUUUCUCCCUCCGCUGUCCUCUCCUCUGAGAUUAUCCUGUUUGUGUGGGAGAGAAAACCCAUUAAUAGGCUCGGUGAUCUGACCGCUCGUCUCUGAGCUCAGCUGACUGGAUGGAGACGACAGGCAGCGGAUAGCUCCUCACAACACACCAGGUGAAAGUGCAGCAAUGAGCCGACAAGGUUUUGGUGGGACUUCAUCUGUGAACUUCUCCACAGGCAACGGAUGUUCACACACAAACCUGAGAGACAACGAUGGGGACAGUCUGCGUUUUGAACUUGCAAAGACAGAAGAUGAGAUUCAGACCUUGAGGCAGGUUCUUUUGGCCAAAGAAAAAUACGCAGCAGACAUCAGGAGGCAGCUGGGACUGAGCCCUCUCAGCAACGUCAAACAGAACCUGUGCAAAGGCUGGCAGGAAGUCCAGACCUCAGCCCCAUAUCUCACAGCCUCUGCCACUCUGGAGGACAUCAGCCACUCUGACGCAUAUGUGAGAACACGGGAGAGUCUUUCUCAUGCAGGCCAGGUGACGUCUGCUGCGCUGUCCAGCGUGGGGGAGGUCAUCACCAGGAGACUGGCACACAUGAGAGCCCUGCCUCUUCCAAGUCCAACACGCAACCUGAGUCACAGUAUAAGUGUGCCAACCAUGAGACAUUCCUCCACAUUCAGGUCUAUUGAAGAAAUUGUGGGAAAUGUGAAGGACAAGGUAACUGGAAGUCUGUCAAGUAAUGACGACACCUCCGGGUUUGAAAGGAGAUACAUGAGAUGAAGCCAUCCCUUUAAACACUCUGCAAUGAAUUAUGAAGUAAUGUUAUUUUACCCCUUCACCUGUGUGGCUCUGUCCACUGGUAUUUCUGUGUCAACCUUGAAUGACAAAUAGGAUGCAUUUCAUUUAUGAGCAAACCAUUUUAUUUUAUUAUGAAAGUGAAUUAUAGUAUACAACACUGAGUGGUACACAUUGUAAUGCAAUGUGUGUAUUUUAAUAAACUUGUGCUGUGAAUCCAUAUUCUGAAAUCAGCAAUGCAUAUUGAAAAUAGUUUUUGUAAAUUCACCAUUUUCAAUAAAAAACAUUAGAAUGUG